CUAAUGGUUCAGAGGAGGCAAAUCGGCAGUACGUACGAUCGAGCGAUAACCGACGUUUCUCGGAAUUUGAGAUCGCGUAAGAGCAUAGGUGGCGCACACAAUAAUGUGCUUAGACCUACUGAGCUUAAUAGGCGCGUAGACUUGCUGGGUUUAUGCUUACUUACUGCUUAGGUAGGCCAGAUGCUCAACAUCAGUCCGUUUCCCCUUGUGUCAAAGGGUGGAGGGCUGCUGCGCGUUGAGUUGAUGAUGCUUAUUCUAUUUGUAACAGUAGACUCACUCCAUGCUCAAGCAGACUCAGCCGGCCAGGCUCGCAGCGGUGGACUGGCGCGCUCUUCCAGCAGAGACGGAACAACAAAAGAAGGUGUCAUCUCAGACAUCAAGAAAGCACAAGACACGCUCACAUUCGACGGGCUACGGCGUCGUCAACUGGACGUAGUAGCAAUCAGUCCUGCGCCACCACCUUCGCCCCGUCCUCCCAGCCCCUCGCCUCCCAGCCCCUUGCCCCCCAGUCCUCCACCCUCGCCUCGCCCGCCCAGCCCUGCGCCGCCUAGCCCUGCGCCGCCCAGGCCUCCGCCGUCUCCCCUGCCUCCCAGCCCGCGGCCUCCUUCUCCUUCACCUCCCGGCCCGCCUAUCCCGCCUCAGCCGCCCAGCCCUCCCCCUUCGCCCCGUCCUCCCAGCCCCUCGCCUCCCAGCCCCUUGCCCCCCAGUCCUCCGCCCUCGCCUCGCCCGCCCAGCCCUGCGCCGCCUAGCCCUGCGCCGCCCAGGCCUCCGCCGUCUCCCCUGCCUCCCAGCCCGCGGCCUCCUUCUCCUUCACCUCCCAGCCCGCCUAUCCCGCCUCAGCCGCCCAGCCCUCCCCCUUCGCCCCGUCCUCCCAGCCCCUCGCCUCCCAGCCCCUUGCCCCCCAGUCCUCCACCCUCGCCUCGCCCGCCCAGCCCUGCGCCGCCUAGCCCUGCGCCGCCCAGGCCUCCGCCGUCUCCCCUGCCUCCCAGCCCGCGGCCUCCUUCUCCUUCACCUCCCAGCCCGCCUGUCCCGCCUCAGCCGCCCAGCCCUCCCCCUUCGCCCCCCGCCCAGCCCUCCCCCUUCGCCCCGUCCUCCCAGGCCCUCCCCGCCAACUCCACCUCCUCCACGUAGGUGUAUGCCAGCAUCGAUCGGGGUUAAUUACCAUGGAUCACACCCUGCGCUAAAAUAACAUCUGAUCAUAUGCAUAGCUGGACGAUCGAACGCUUGUAUGUAUGCGGUUACAGGGAUUACAGGGAUGCGUGGUUUGUCGUCACCGUGCGCGCUGUGUUAUUAGUAUUGAAUUUGUUGUCAUUGAUUGAUCAGUUGCAAGUGUGCGUUGUGCGUUCAAUGAACUCAUCACCUGGCGCCCCACGACUGCUGACGUGACGCCGUAUCAUGCAUGCAGGCUGUCCACCCAGGGCCGGGUACACUGCGCUCGUUGAUACGACCUGGAACCUUCGUGUCAGUUCCUACGUUAGUCCUGCAAUGUCGGCGUUGGAGGCGGAGGUGGCCUGCAGCUCCACCUACAACUGCGCUGUAUUCACGGUGUGGGACGACUCAACAGCUUACAUCCUGCAGUGGGGCAGGGUCCAGACCUACAAUAGGAACGAUGGCGUGUGCACGUACGUCAAGCAGGGUACUUGGGGCAACGGCGUCUGCGACUGCUUGGAAACCUACCGUGUCGGCCGCAUCACGUACUCCGGCUGCACGGUAAAUGAGUACGGAACUACCUUGCCUACCAGGUAUUUGCAGCCUUGGUGCGCUGUCUCAUUCUCUUGCCCCUCAAUUGAGUUUUAUACCAUUGGCAUACGUGACGAUGGCACCGAGUACUUUCA